GACGAUGGAAAUGAUGUUGUGGUGUGGACAAAUUCCAAAAUGGGAUUUACAAUGUUAGUUUUGUGGAUGUGUGUGCUGACUUGGCAGAUUCAGUUGGCACGCUGUUGUGGUCCGAGAGUCUACAAUCUUGAAAAAUCUGCCCAAGGAACUUUGAUCCGUCUGCAUAACAUUUUGAAAACUAACAGGGGUUUACCACGUUUAGAAUGGCAAGAUUCGAUGGUGAGGGAAAUCAACGCCAUGAUACUUAAUACUUGUAAUUACGCACCAACUGAUUUUGAGGAUACGAUUGUUGAUUUUCAAGUCAAACAACUAACCAUUGACAAAUCAAAGCCAUUUCAGAGCUAUUCAGCCAUCUUGAGAGACUAUUUUGAAAAAAACCAAGAAAGCCUUUUAACAAACAUGGUUACCAGUUGGUCAUUUUCACCAAAGUUUGAACGGGCGAAGAGUCUAAGAGCAUUCAGUUGCAGUAUCGCUUUCUGCCCGUCACCAUCAAACCCCAAAGGCCAUUUUGUUUGCUUCUUCAGAGGAUCACCAGGAACUGUCCUCGGAUUAGAGGGUAGAGCACCUAGUCGCGGUUUGGGCGCCAUGUAGCCGUUGUAGGCAUCGUAGCAGAUACAGGCAUUUAAGCUGCUGCUAUUUUUGUUGGCAAAAAAAAAAAA